GUUGGGAAAACAAACUGCAGACACCCUGUGAUACUUCCUCACCCCGCAUCAGUUGAGUUUGGCCCACGGCUCCUCGUCAGCUGGCCGUGCGUAAUUCUCCAAGCGUCUCCGUGCGCUUUUCUCUUCGGGCGGGGAUUUUUACGCGCAGUACCACCAGGAGCGUCUGGUUCUACAUCUCCCACCAGCAACACGCGAUUGUUUCCUUUCUCCUUUUUUUGUCUGUGUCUAAAUCAAAUGGGGGGAGCAGGCUGCAUCAGAGGGAGCCGGACGCCGACAGCAGCAGCACUUUGAACGGACUCAAACCUCCAGGAGGAGCCGACAUGUACUGAGACACGCAGUUGUAGCGCAAGAGGAAACGCCAGAUUGUGAGAAAACAUGAGCGGCGGGGAGAUCAUCUUCCAGGGCUGGCUGAGGAAGUCACCGCCGGAGAAAAAGCUGCGGAGAUAUGCAUGGAAGAAACGCUGGUUCAUCCUUCGCAGCGGCCGCAUGAGCGGUGACCCCGACGUUCUUGAGUACUACAAGAAUGACCACUCCAAGAAACCUAUCCGGGUCAUCGACCUGCACUGCUGCGAGCAGGUGGACGCCGGCCUGACCUUUAAGCGGAAGGAGUUCCAGGACAGCUUCGUGUUUGACAUCAGGACCUCGGACCGAACCUUUUACCUCGUGGCGGAGACUGAGGAGGAGAUGAGCAAGUGGGUCCGCUCCAUCUGCCAGCUGUGCGGGUUCAACCAGUCGGAUGACAACCACGAUGGCAGGUUACAACAUAUGCCACGUUCUGUUGGAACAGAUGUCACCGGCUCCAUGGCCCCUCUGACUGGAGAUCGCAAGUCCUCUGCCCCCAUCCACUCCAGCCAGCCAGUCCUCUUCACCUUCGACGUGCCUGUGCGCCACACACACCACAGUUCCUUGUCCAACAGUGCACCCCAGGACUACCUCCUCCUCCACCAGUGCAUGAGCAGGAAGACAGAGAGCGCAAGGUAAAGGUCGCGACCCUCAGGCGUCCUGUGUCAGUUUCCUGUUAUCCGUUAAUGCAGGUCAACAUACAGGUUCAUGGCGCUUCCUCAGUUUAGAAGCCAUGAGGGUUCGGACCUCUGUUACAGGGGGGGGAAAUUAGCCAACAGGGGGAAAUUAGCCAACUGUGUGUGUUGUAGAUUAUU